AGCAGCGAUCUACUUCCUGUGUAGACCUCUAGCCGAUUUCACGUCCAGACGGCAGCAGAGACUGCGACUACCGUGUCACCCAAGAUGCUGGCCCUCAUAAACAGGCUGUUGGACUGGUUCAGGACCCUCUUUUGGAAAGAGGAGAUGGAGCUUACAUUGGUGGGACUUCAGUACUCUGGAAAAACCACAUUCGUCAAUGUGAUUGCGUCAGGCCAGUUCAGUGAAGACAUGAUUCCCACAGUCGGUUUCAACAUGCGGAAGGUCACUAAAGGCAAUGUGACAAUAAAGAUAUGGGACAUAGGGGGACAGCCACGCUUCAGAAGCAUGUGGGAGCGCUACUGUAGAGGAGUCAAUGCUAUUGUUUACAUGGUGGAUGCAGCAGACCAAGAGAAGAUAGAAGCUUCCAGAAACGAACUGCACAACCUUUUAGAAAAACCACAGCUACAAGGAAUUCCCGUUCUAGUACUGGGAAACAAGCGAGACCUACCAAACGUACUUGAUGAGAAGCAGCUCAUUGAAAAAAUGAAUCUGUCCGCCAUUCAGGAUCGAGAGAUCUGCUGCUAUUCCGUCUCCUGCAAAGAAAAAGACAAUAUAGAUAUCACGCUGCAGUGGCUCAUCCAGCAUUCAAAGUCACGGCGAAGCUGAAAAUGAAGCCCCCCCUCCCCAGUUGCAGGUCUGGCCUCAGCCCCCUAAUGGCCAUGGGACCUUGACAGCCAUCCUUUCCACUGCCUCUGAAGUAAUCCAGCUAUCUGCUCACUACCUGCACCACCCAGUACACUACCAUAGAUGUGUAGCCACUGUACAGCACUACCGCCACCCCAACUGUCUGGAGUGUAGAAAAGUUGUUUCAGUGCUCUGCUAGAAGGUGGAUUGUCCACACCCCCCAUCAUGCCUUAUCGCCAGUCAUUACGGACAUGCUCUGUGUUUGAGUAAAAAAAAAAAAAAAAAAUAGAUAUAGAUAUAUAGAUAGAUAUAUAUCGAGAGAUAUCGAGAGAGAGAGAGAGCGCUUCUGUUCCCUUGUGCUGUUCCCCAGCUUCACUCAGACGGACUUCCUCUAACCCCACAUUUAAACAUCCGUUCUGUUGCUCGUCAGCAUUUGCUGUUUACAUGACAAAGUUGUGAUUGUAGUUUCUAACAGUUAUUUGCCAAAUACUGAUGGUGGCUUGUGCUAAUACCUUCGAUUCCUGAUGAAAUCAUCAGGUAGCCUGCAGUUUAUUUGCUAGCGAAUGAAAGUAUCUAUUUUAUUAAGUGACUUAAGUCGAAGUUUACACAUAACGUAAAGGUGAAUAGAAGACUGAGUUGUUUUGGGUCAGCUGAGUUUCACAAGUGCCUUCGGCUAAGUGAGUGUUCCAAUCAGACAGUUAUUGCCCAAUGCGACUUCUAACCCACUAUUAUAAAUAAACACUUGGUACAGUCACGGCAUAAAUCCCUUGAUUACACUUAAAACCACAUUGCUACAAUCAUGUUAUGUUUUGUAAUAUCAUAAAUGCAUUAUGAUGUCUUGAGAAAAGACACUUCUGUACUAACUGAGGAAUGAAGUGAUGGUGCGGUGAAUGAGAAAAUGUUACAUUUGCUUUGGUUUCUGGAUCAUUUGAAUGUUUGUUUCACCUGUAGCCUUUUUUGUAGCUUGAAAUGUGGGCUAACUUUUUCUUGCAGUUCUCAGGUUGUUAAAGGAUUUUUUUGAAACAAUGUUAUUGUCUGAAAACCGUAUGGGUGUGUCCAGGGAUGUUUUAUAAUCCCUAGUCUGUUCGGGUUGGAUAACAGAAAGCCAGUGUUAGUCAUGAUGACGGAGUUUACAGAGAACAGAAGGUUGGAUGCUUGAUGUCAUUAAUGCCCUGCCACGCCCUUUUCUGAAUCCUGCUAAGCAGGCCAAGGACGACGGUCUCCUCUAAAAGCGAUGUAUUAAUUGACCGUUUCCUUUCAGCGACAAGACAAUGAUUUCUCACAGGUUUGAUUACUGUAUAUUAAUCUGCGCCUUGCUUGGCAAGUGCAUCAUGAUCAAUUAAUUAUUUUGCUGUGUGUGAGUGUUGCUGGAUCAGUUUGAGUUCUCCCUUCUGCUACGAGGCUUUAUGCAGACCUACACGGCUUCUGCAUUUUACUGUAAUGUUUUCUACAAGUCCAUCACACACGCUCUGUUACCUCACAUGUUCUGCAUCUGUCGCUGAUCGUCGUAAUCCUGAAGUGUUGAUUGUUUGGACCACAGCAGCAGUGAGGGGCUGUAACUUUUGGGUGACCGUGUGGGUAAUUUGGGAGAAAGCUUUGGUACCUGUGUAAUAAUAUAGCCUAUUUGCAAUUUGUAUGUGCAUGUGCUGAACUUAAUUCACAUUCAAUUGCAGACUUUGUAAAUACGAUUUAGCAUUUUUAUUACAACAAAUGCUCCUGUAGGUGUCAUGCAUUCUUUCCCUGUGAUGAUUGCUAAUAAAUUAGUUUUUAUUUUUAAGGAU